AAAAUGUAAAUAUUUCUGUUGCCCGUAACAGGUGUAUCCGUUCGUUAUAGAAUUAUCAUGAUGCUAGUGCACAGCUAGAUAUGCAUUCGAACUACACGCGUUUGGAUUGUAUCGAAUAGAAUUGGAUUGUAAACUCACGACACGUCACACGCAUGAAACACGACACGUCAUUUACCGGGAAAUCGAUCCAAGUUGGUGACAAAAACGCAGUAACCGAAGCAGAUGUUUGAUUGGGGAAAGCGCUGUAAAUUUGUGUAGAAGUCCUAAAUUAUCCCUCAUUGAUCAACGUUGCUGUGCGUGAAGCUUCUAUCAGCAAGAUGGGCCGUUCGGUGUUAUGCGAAUCGUUCGUGGAGGAUUACUUGCGGCAACUGAGCCGAAAAGCAGGAGUGUGCAUGGGAUUGCUGAUCGGACAACCAUCUGCUGGGGGAAAGGAUUACAUCGUACACGCUAGUCGCAUCACGGGCCAAGACGAAGAGGAAAGCGAUGAAUCCCAGAAGCUAAACGCAACCGUAGCAUCGCAGCAAGCGCUGGAUGCAACGCGGAUGCUUCCGGGCGGAAUGUACGUGAUGGGUAUCUUCGUUAUUCAUCCGAAAAAUGUAUUCCAAGAGCCAACGCUGCUGGCAUCGGUAAAAUUCAUACUAAUGAGCAUGAAGGCUACUUUCGAUGCUAAUCCGUUACUCAUGGGCACGUGCGAAGAGUUUGUGAAAAGUGAGCAGCUGGUGCUGUACUACUCGUCCAGCAGUAAAACGCAAAUGUGUAAAACGGUUUCGUUGGCGGCAGAGAAUCCCACCGUACUUCCGUGCGAAUGGAAGUUUGUGGAGCGUCUUACAACUUGGCACAAGUUGAAUGUGUUUUUCGAGACAGACGAUGUGUAUCCGCUGAAGCAAAAAAGCGACCAAGAUCACCAGGACACCGAAGCAAACCUGACGGAGUGUGCGAGAAAGUUGAAAGAUCAACUGAUGAAUGCAAAAAUCCUUUUCGACGGAGCCCCAAAACUAGCCAGCGAUACCGUCGAAGGUGUGCUAACUAUGAAAAAUCAGGACAAAUUUCUCGCAAACGUGUAUCUACCAAUGUGCACAGAAUUGUCCCUCGAUGAUAGAAUAGAACAUUUCGAGGGCACGUCAAAAUUUGAUGGAAUCAUUAGCUCGCAGAUAUAUAUCCACUCGCGGUGCACUUUCAACGAAGCGGAACGUUUCAUCGUCGCCGAUAUCGUACGUUCGCUUAUGUCACGCAUUCAAAUCCACUGUGAUUCAUUGGUUCAGACUGAAGACACGACGCAAGACAAGAUAACGUUAAACGAGCUGCCUCGUCGCAUUUAUUUUCCCGUGCGCAGCCAGGGCGGAUUUCCAGUACAGUUCAGCGAUUAUCUGUUCCCGGAGGAGAGCGUUGAUACGCCGCUAGGACGGAUAAAAGAAAUUCUAGACAUCAGCGUUACUGUGCGGGAUCUGAACUCUAAGGUCGAGCUAGUGCCUGUUGUGAAGGAGGACGAACGGCCUACCGAGGAGACAGUAUGGCAACGCCCUACAAACAAGGAAGAUGAUUUUGAAGGGAAGUUAAAUCUCCCAGUAGUCGGUGGACUGAUAACGGUGAUCGUUUUGCUGAUUGCAUUGUUGGUGUACUAUUUAAUGAAAUAAAUUAACGCAUUUAUAUUUUUCACAAAGCAA